CAACGACAAUCGCUGCUCUACUAACCACCCAGCGACCCGAUCAUCAUGGUAAGCUACCAACAACUGUCUAUUAUGAAUUGAACCUACUCGCCACCGCUCUCGAUCCUCUACGAGCAAUCGCACGUCGAGAUGCGCAUUCCGUCAACUGCCUGCGGGCGUUGAUGAAGAUCUGGCUUGAGCUACACCUGUGCAGAAAUGCCACCUCCCAAGUCCGGAAAGAAGGCUGCCCCAGCCCCAUUCCCAGCGUCCAAAGCUGGCGCGGGAUCCAAGAAGGGCCCCAAGAACCCCCUCAUCGAGAAGCGCAGCCGUAACUUUGGCAUCGGUCAAGACAUCCAGCCCCGCCGAAACCUCUCUCGUAUGGUGAAGUGGCCCGAGUAUGUCCGUCUCCAGCGCCAAAAGAAGAUCUUGAACCUCCGUCUCAAGGUCCCACCUGCGAUCGCUCAGUUCCAGAACGUUCUCGACCGCAACACCGCCGCUCAGGCCUUCAAGCUCUUCGACAAGUACCGACCUGAGAGCAAGACCGAGAAGAAGGAGAGAUUGUUGAAGGAGGCCACCGCCAUCAAGGAGGGCAAGAAGAAGGAGGAUGUCAGCAAGAAGCCAUACGCCGUCAAGUACGGUCUCAACCACGUCGUUGGCCUGAUUGAGAACAAGAAGGCUUCUUUGGUGCUCAUCCCCAACGAUGUUGACCCCAUCGAGUUGGUUAUCUUCCUCCCAGCUCUCUGCCGCAAGAUGGGUAUCCCAUACGCCAUCAUCAAGGGCAAGGCCAGACUCGGCACGGUUGUCCACAAGAAGACCGCCGCCGUCCUCGCCAUCACCGAGGUCCGAUCUGAGGACAAGACUGAGCUGUCCAAGUUGAUCCAGGCUAUCAAGGAGGGCUACUCUGAGAAGUACGAGGAGGCUAAGAGACACUGGGGUGGUGGUAUUAUGGGUGCCAAGGCUGUCGCCCGUACCGAGAAGAAGCGCAAGGCUCUCGAGAACACCAUCAGAAUCUAG